GCAAGAUGGACGAGCUCAAUGUAGAAGUCCUCGGGCCUCACGGGGCGUAUUAUAAGGCAACUGUGAUGGACAUGAUAGGAGAUGAGGUCCUAGUGCGCUACGAGGGGGACUGGUGCCAGGAGACCCGUGUAGCCAUGACAGGUGUCAGAUUACCUCCCCCUGGGGGUCCUUCGCCCGUUGAAUAUCCAGAAGGUACAGAGGUGGAGAUCUACGACCGCUUGAUGAAUGCUCCUUACUCUGCAUAUUGGAAAGCUACGAUAAAGAUGUCCAAAGGAGAUUUCCACGUAGUAGAAUUCACUGGAUUACAGUUAACAAGCGGUGAGAACAUCUUCCCGUCAGAGAAGAUCAGACUGAGAAACCCCAACCCUCCCAUCACACCUAAAACCUUCUACAAAGUGGAGGUGGAAGUGCCAGAGGACAUCAGAGAUUAUGCUGGUACAGAGGGUGCUCACAGAGCGUUCAAGAAAGCGUGCCUAGCGUCUAGAUGUGUAUUCAACCCAGAAACCUACAAGUUGAUUCUUCUUUCAAAGAAUGAUCAGACUCUCAAGUUAGCCAACAUGUUAUCAGAUAUGCACUUCAGAAAUCUGAAACAGAAAGUAGUUUUACUUUAUCGAACAGAAGAGGCAGCCAAACAGUUAGAAUCCACGAGACUUCAAUCCACAGCGGGAUACAUAGAAGAAUUUAGUGUACGAGAUGACCUCAUGGGUCUAGCCAUUGGUGCACACGGAGCUAACAUUCAACAAGCCCGGAAAGUUGAAGGAGUAACUAAUAUUGAACUAGAAGAAAAUACUUGUGUUUUUAAGAUCUAUGGAGAGUCAGAGGAAGCUGUUAAAAAAGCCCGUGCAAUGCUUGAAUACAGUGAGGAGUCAGUGCAAGUACCGCGGGUCCUGGUAGGGAAGGUCAUCGGCAAAAAUGGACGUGUCAUACAAGAAAUGGUGGACAAGUCCGGCGUGGUGCGGGUAAAGAUUGAAGGGGACAAUGAACCCGAGCCCACCACCCCCCGGACAGAGGGCCAGGUCCCCUUUGUCUUCGUCGGCACAGUUGAGGCCAUCCACAACGCUUCCGUUCUACUAGGUUACCACCUAGCGCAUUUGAAAGAAGUUGAGCAGCUCAGACAAGAAAAACUUGAAAUCGACCAAAAGUUAAGAAAUAUGCACACGACAAACAGCCUAGGAAGUAAUCAAGGUUAUCCAGCCCGUAGGAACGAUAGAGGGUGUUACUUUCACAGAGGAUGCAACAGCGACGUGGAGACGAGCAGCCGUGGUGGGCGAGGCAGAGGUGGUCCACGGGGUGGACGUGGGCGGGGAGGAGGCGGCAGGGGAGGAGAUCGCUACACCAACGACCGUUCCGGAUCUGGGCACUGGUCGCGGCAGGCCACGCCGGACUGGGAGGAGGGCGACGCCUCGCUCCCGCCCAGGACCUCGCGCCGCCACAACGAGGAGCGCCGACGCGUCGCUGACGAGGAGGAGACGGUCCUGGACGCCGCUGAGACCGGCAGCGUCGGCAGCCUGGAUCGAGAUUCCGUGACGAGCGAGGGCAAGAGGCGCCGGCGCCGCCACCGCAAGUUCCGGCGUCGCGGCGGCGGCGGCGGCUCCGAGAUGGGCGACGGCGAGGGCUUCGGGACGUCGGCGGACGAGGGCUGGGGCAGCGAGGAGAACUGGGGCUCGCACACGGGCGAGAGCUGGCACGCCAACACCGGCGAGAACUGGGGCUCGCACGGCGCCGGCGAGAGCUGGCAUGCCAACGCCGGCGAGAACUGGGACGCUCAGCCCCCGUCCGCGCGCGCCGCUAAAGAGCGCACUCCGGGCGGCGACUACGGGCCGCGUCGGGGCGCCGGCCGGGGCCCCCCUGACGCGCCCUCCAGCCGCGAGGGCACGCUAAACCGUAGGCGGCCGCCUCGGCACGAGGGCACGCCCGCCAGGCAGUCCCCUGCCCGUCGCCCGCCCCCGCCUCGCAAGCCCGCGCAGUCGGCCGUGAACGGCAACUAGAGCGUGUCGCCGCCGCCGCCAGAGCCCGAGGGAUGGCCCCCCUUCCCUCCCUCCCCCCGCCGUGCGACGCUCGCUCCGUCUAGCGCUGACGGCGGACGUUGCGUGGCCACGUGUGCGCGCACGCCCACGGGCUGGACUGCUCUGACUGACAGGUGUGAAGGAGAGCCAAUAAAGAUAAAACGAAAGAAAAAAGUUUCCCAGUGAGGUAAUCCACCCAUUUGACGACCAAACCCGGACUUCAGUAAUUGUUUUCUUGCUCGGUCACUCAUCGGAUACGGAUGGACUUGAUGUUGACUUGUGCCACAGCGACAGCGACGCGAGAGGGAGCAAGGCCUGCGAAGGAGAGGCCGGGACCAGCUGCGACGAGAGUCCCAGGGAUUUGCGUUUCAUGAGAGUUUCCAUGGCACGACUUGGAUCCCUGAAAAAGGAAAAGGACGCUUAAUAGGAACAAAAUAGGAACAAAAGUUUUUCUUUCUCUUUUUAUUUUUUCUCGAAAUGGUGGUUUACAUCACGACUCUAUAUGGUACUUUAAUGAUAAAAUGUGUUCAAACUUGACUUCUCUCUAUUGAAAGGUGACCUGUAUCUAAAAACAAAAAAUACCCCCAAAAAACGAAAAAAAAAUUUGCCUUGAAAUUUGAACUAAUGACAAGCAUGCUUCAGAAUUUGAUGGAUAUUUCCUUUAUAUGCAGUUUUUUGUACGUUGUGACUAACAUGUAAACAAAACAAAACAAAAAAAAGCUUUAGUAGCCAGGAAUGUAGAAGAGUUCGAAUAGUUGUGAAACUUGUCUCAUUCCGACAAAAAUAUAAAAAGUCACGUUUAGUAUCUGUUGAAAAGUUGUUUUUUCUGUUGUGAGAACGAUUUCCUUUUGUCAAAAAAAAAAUAGAAGUUAUUCAUAUUUCAUUUCUUGUUAUCCAUUCGAUUCUAUUGAAGAAAAAAAAAACAUGUACGAUGAAGAAAAAGAGCAAAUUGUCGACCGAAGAACAAACUCCAGUUACGAUGUACAUAUAUACAUACAUAGUUUGUUAGGCUAAUAACCUCACAGGAUUUUGUAUGGUUAUAAUUGUGAUUGUACUUGUUAUCAGCAUUUUUCCUAUUAUUUUUUUUCUAAUUAAUAAUGAAUAUUAUUGUUAUUAUCAUUAUUGUUAUAAUUAUUAUUAUUAUUAUUAUUAUUAUUAUUAUUAUUAUUAUUAUUAUGUCAUUAUCAUCAUCAUUCUUAUAAUUGUCGUUGUCGUUGCUAUGACAUCUAGUACUACUAUCCAUAUUGUUUAUAAGCAGUUUUUCCAUGAGAACUUUGAUGAGAUCUCGCGCGCACCGGCGAUCUUGACAGGGCUUCAACUAGGCGGUAGUAGACUGGCUUGUGUCUUGGCUGAUUUCUUUGGUCUCUUUUUAAGUAGGCAACAAUGCUUUUAUUUUAGUUUUCAUUUGUGUUUUGUCUUUUAUAAGUCCAUACUGCAUGUGGUUUAUCAAAUUUAAACAAAACGAAAAAAAUGUAUUGAGUAAUGUACUUUGAUGACAAUGGUAUGUGGUGACAUUAUUGUUUAUGUUGUUAAAACUAUUAUUAUUAUUAUUACUACUUUUAGUGUUACUGUUGUUAUUAUUAUCAUUAUUAUUAUUAUUAUUAUUAUUAUUAUUAUUAUUAUUAUUACUAAUACUACUAUUAUGUUAUUGCUGUUGCUAUUAUCAUUAUUAUUAUUAUUAUUAUUAUCAUUAUCAUUAUUAUUAUUUUCCAUUCCUAUUACUGUUAUUUAUAUUUUGUUAUUAACAUCAUUAUCACUGCAUUAAUAUUAUUAUUAUUAUUAUUAUUAUUAUUAUUAUUGUCAUUACUUUCAGCACUACGUUUAUUAUUAUGAUAAUCAAUUGUUAUUACUCAUUAUCAUUAUAUUUUAAAGCGAAAGCGUACAUUUUGUUUGGUCUGGUACUCACACCGAAAUAGCUUUGACCGCACACUGACGUAGUCGAAACCCAUUAAUGAAGGACGAUUAUACAGGACACAGUGAUGACUUUGGUGCACGAAAGGAGCUCUUCACCCCUCUGCCUUCCCCUCUCCCUGCCCCUUCCCUCGCUUCCCUCCCUGCCUCUUCCCUCGCCUCUCUCCCUAGGCCCCCCCCCCUGCCCUUUCCCUCGCCUCUCUCCCCGCCCCUUCCCCUCGCCUCCUUCCCUGUUUCUCCGCCGCUGCCUUUUUAUUAAACUUUUCUUCGACUGUUUCUCCGCGUGUUCCCCCCCCCUUCCUUUCCCCGUUCCUCCCGAGACCUCGUCGGAAAAUUCGCUCGGAAGCCAUUUUGGAGGAAAGAUUUAGGUUCGGGAUCUGGGGCUAGAACCACUUCACGACACUCACUCGCAUGUUCUCUCUCUCUCUCUCUCUCUCUCUCUCUCUCUCUCUCUCUCUCUCUCUCUCUCUCUCUCUCUCUCUCUCUCUCUCUCUCUCUCUCUC